AAUAUUUUCUAAAUGUACCAAACCGAACAGAAAGAGCCAGCUCAUGCUGGGUUUGACCAGAGACACUUAGAGCAAGAGCCAAAGGAGAUAUAUGAGGAGACCGAAGAGCAAACUCCUCAUGUGGAGCAGUAUGAAGAUGUAGAAAACAUGACUGGAUCCAUACCUGUGAUUCAGAGUGAAACUUCUAUGCAGAAUUGAGAAGAUACUCAGCAGAUGUACUCUGGAUGUGCUGAAGGUAUGACUCCAAGUCAGCCUUCUCAAGCAGCUCGGCAUGGAGCGCCAUAUAGCGAUGAUUCAUAUAUGGCUCAAAUUCAGAUUCAGCAAAAUGUCUUAAAGGCUUUAGCCUGAAUGGAGUAUACUAGUGAGAAGCUCAAUUUACUCCUGUAUAAACGACAAGCGCUUAUAGACAGAAAGAUCAAGAGGUUGAAUGAAUACUACCAUCAAAUCCCAAUUUCCAAAGAAGACCAGCUCAAGGAGCUAGUCGAGCAUUACUCCAUUGUCAAGAACGGAAUUACCAGAUGUAGUGAUUUAUUAGAGUGUCUAGAUUACAUUGAUGAUGUGUCUAAACUGCGCCAAGCACGUCAAUCUUGGAAUUAUUAAGUGAAGAUUUAU